AUGACAAUAUCUUAUUCAAUUUUUUUUCUUUUGAUAUCAUUAUUUUCUUUAACUGAAGCAGUAAAUGGUGUUAUUAAUCGUCAUGAAUACAAUUUUACAAUAACUUAUGCUCGGAAUAUAACAUCUGUUUUAUUAAUUAAUAAUCAAUUUCCAGGACCAACAAUUCGAGUCAAUGUUGAUGAUAUAGUCAUUGUUCAUGUUCAUAAUGCUCUUCAAUCAAUGGAAGAUGUUACUAUUCAUUUUCAUGGUAUUCUUCAACGACAAACACCACAAAUGGAUGGUGUAGGAUUUGUAACACAAAUGCCAAUUCGAAAUGGUCAAACAUUUACAUAUGUUUUUCAUGCAUAUCCAGCUGGCACUCAUAUAUAUCACUCACAUGUAGGAUUACAAGCUGUUACAGCAUUUGGUACAAUAAUUAUUGAUGAUCCAGAAAGACCAUGGGAAGCAGUAGAAGUAUCAUCAGGUCCAAUUAUGUUUUCUGAUUAUUGGGAAGGAGUUGAUCGUCUUGCACAAGAAGCCGGCUUACUUCAAUCACCAUUUAAAUGGGAAGGAGAACCAUCAUAUAUAUUUAUGAAUGGUCAACGAAAUUUCGUAUUAAAUGUAGAACCAAACAGAUUCUAUUUAUUACGAUUAAUUGGUGGAACAAGUUUAUCUACAAUUGUAUUUGGUAUAGCUGAACAUACAAUGACUGUUGUUGAAGUCGAUGGAAAACUCAUUGUACCAAAACCUAAUAUGACAUCAAUUGAAAUUGCUUCUGGACAACGAUAUGCAGUAAUGAUUGAAACAAAAAAUCAAAAUACUGGUGUUUUUGCUAUGCAAGCAUCAAUUCGAUGGCGAGUAGCAGCAGUCAAUUCUAGUUGUAUUGGUAUCUUACGAUAUGGUUUACAAUCAUCAAUUCCUUCGGAUAAAUCAUCACUUAAUCUUCCAAUAUUAUCUAAUGAAACUGAAUUAUUUAUAUUUUCCUAUAGUGAACGAUAUCGAACAUUACUUGAAUCAGAAAAAAUGCCUCAAGGUCGUGCUGAUAUUGAAAUAGUUUUACAUACUGGUCAAGAAAAUACAGCUGAUGGUAAAGGUAUUCGUUGGUUAACAAAUAAUGCAACAUUUGAUAUGGUUCGUUUAAAUAAUCUAAAUACAUCUCUUCUUAUGGAUUUAUAUCAUGGUAAUGAGCAAAAUCUUCCAAAUGAUAUUAUUUAUACUCUACAACAUAAUCAAUUAGUUGAUAUUAUUAUUCAAAAUACUGUUGCACUUAAUGGUAUUUGUGAAUCACAUCCAAUGCAUAUGCAUGGACAUAAAUUUUGGAUACAUUCAUAUGGAACUGAGAUGUAUGAUUCAACUGAAAAUAUCUGGCCUGAUAUACACGAUCCAGUAUUACGUGAUUCAUUAAUGGUUUAUGCAACUUCUUAUGCUUAUUAUUUUCCGAAUCGUAAUGUAACAAAUCAUCGAAAACCAUGUGGAUGGGCAAAAUUACGUAUGAUUGCUAAUAAUCCAGGUUUAUGGAUGUUUCAUUGUCAUAUUGGUGCACAUUCAUUUAUGGGUAUGAAUGUUCUUCUUAAAGAAGAUAUAGAACAUUUAUCAAUGGUUUAUUUAUCACAAAAUUAA